UCAAAUCAUUAGUUUACUCCAAAAUAAUUAGUAGAAAAUCGAACUUGAAAUUCUCCGCCUUCGGAAACCGAAUCCGAUUCUACCCGAUCAAAUUCAAAUACCCACGAAGAAAUCCUCCAUUUCUGUCUCGAAGAAGAAGAAGGGGAGAAUUUGUUGAUGGCGAAGCGUGGGGUUAUGGAAGAUAUCACAGAAGCAGAGACGGUGGCGGUAAUGGCGGCCGCGGCGGAAGAUAUGGGGGCAGCGACGCCGGAGACGGUGGCGGUGAGAGAAGAAGAAACCCAUCAUCCGUACGCGUUUAACGUUUCGGGACCCCGAAAUGUAGCUUCCCCGAACUGGAGAGACCUGAUCAACUCUAGUUGGAAGGAUCCCAACUACAAGAGAACUGUGAUGGCCUGCUUUAUUCAAGCAGCAUACCUACUCGAACUUGAUAGACAAGAAAACAGAAAUGAGCAUAAUAAUGCUCUCGCUCCGAAAUGGUGGAUACCCUUCAAGUUCAAGCUAUCACAAACCCUGAUCGAUGAGAGAGACGGCUCCAUAUUCGGCGCAGUACUUGAAUGGGACCGAGCAGCUGCAAUGGCUGACUUGGUUCUCAUCAGACCCACUGGCGUACCAAGAGCCGUGCUGGCACUACGAGGAACAUUGCUAAAGAGUCCAACGAUGAGGCGUGACAUAGAAGAUGACCUCCGGUUUCUAACUUGGGAAAGCCUUAAAGGUUCUGUCAGGUUUAAGGCUGCUCUAGAAGCACUAAGAUUGAUUGCACAGAGGUAUGGAAGCAGUAAUGUCUGUAUAGCAGGUCACUCACUGGGAGCCGGUUUCGCUCUACAGGUCGGUAAAGCUCUGGCUAAAGAAGGGUUAUUCGUAGAUGCUCAUUUGUUCAAUCCACCGUCUAUAUCUCUUGCUAUGAGCCUAAGAAACAUUGGUGAAAGGGCUGGAAUCGCGUGGAAAAGACUCAAGUCAAUGCUUCCACCAAAGAAUGAACCUUUGACAGAAAAUGUCAAUGAAGGAGCCAGCAGUUCUAAUCAUAUUUCCGGGUUCAGAAGCUGGGUACCGAGUUUCUACGAAGAGAAAGCUUCUGCAGACUCGAAGAAGAAAUGGGUUCCCCAUCUAUACGUAAAUGACAGCGACUAUAUCUGCUGCUAUUACACCGAAAAAGACGGUGGAGGAGAAAACGAGAGUAAAGAAGGGGACAAGGAGAAUAAAAGGCCAGCGACCGUUAACAACUCCUCCAUGGCUGGAGCUAAGCUUUUCGUGGCGUCGAAAGGGAAGCAGAAGUUUCUAGAAGCUCACGGGUUGGAACAGUGGUGGUCAGAGAAUUUAGAGCUUCAAUCGGCGGCGGUUCAGAACAGUAGAUUGAUCGGUCAGCAACUCAAGUCAUUGUAUAGUGCAUCUUCUUCUGCUCCACAGGUUCAAGGAAAGCUACAAUGAGGAGAAGAAGGUAACAUACAUAUAUGGCUUUUCCUGUGAUUCUCUUCAGUCAAGUAUUUGAUCUCUCUCGGUUUCAUGAAUAAGUAUAUACACGUGUUUUUUUUUCUUUCUGUUUUGUGAUGUUUGGUCGGAAACACUGAUGCUUCUCUUGUUGUGAAUGUAAGUCGCAACAAUUUUCAGGUUCCUGUCUUUUGGCAUUAAUGACUCGUUAUAAGAAGAUCAUGGCAAAUUUUGCUAUUUUACA